CUUCAGCCUCACAAGCGAUUGUGCUCUCAUAAUCUCUAUCUCAUCCAAAUUGAAAAGGGAACAGCAGAAGAAAUCAAAGAUUGACUCUUGAUUUGGCGUUGUUGUGGUGUCUGACAUCAAAACCAUCCCGAGAACGAUUGCCAUACGGUAGGAAUCUGCACUAACUGCAACCAUGGACAGCAGUAAUAAGCAAGAAGAUACGGCUACUAGCACCGAACAAGAUGUCAACCACCAGGAUGGUCGCGCCGACCCAGCAGCGUAUCUGAACGAGGAGUGCAUGGCACUUGUGUUUGCCUUUGCUGGGGCAUUUGGAAAGGCUCCUACCGAGUGCAUCUGCCACCUCCUGCCAGAGAAGACCGACAGCGAUGGAGUCAACGAGGAAAAGAGCGACCAACAGCAGGUUGGUCGUGACCAGACGAAAGAUAACAACGACACCGAAUCAACGGAGGACACCCAGCAAGACAUGGAAACUCAAAGCAAUGAUGACGAUGACGACGAAUCGGGUGGUGACGAAGGGAACGAGAACGGCACUAGCUACGGAAAUCACGAUGACUCUGACGACGACAGCCAGGACGAUUCCAGCCAUGGCAGUGACUCCGAUUCUGACAGCCAAGUUCACCCUGAGGCUAGAGAGGACUUUAGUAGUGACGAUGGAAGUCAAGACGACGAUGAGGAUGGCGUUGAUAAGGAUUUUCAUUUUGGAGUGUCAACCUCGUAUGCCGCGCGAUUCUACAAUGGAUUGGCACGAGUUUCCCGUCGCUGGAAACGCGUCUUGGAUGCUUGCUUUGCUACCACUCUUGUUCCAUCUCUUCGACUGGCUUUGGACGAUCUUCCCAAGUGCUUGGCGCAGUUUCAUGGUGAAUGGCUGGCAGAUCACCAGGUUCGCUUCAAAACAAUCACUUGCCAUGAACUGGACUGGGAAGACUACGCUGCUGCAUACAUUGACGCAGUUGCGACAAGCGACUUGUCAGUUCUCAAAGGGGUUGAGACAAGCUUGUCAGUGACAGAUCUGGUCGACUCGAGCAAUGACCAAGCCCGUCUAAAGCGGGCUUUCCUUAUGAAGAUCACGGAACAACCCUUGCCAGAGCUGAAGAAUCUCGGUUUGGACUUGCACUUGGAUCAGAAUGCUGGGCUGACCUCAAAAGAUUGCCUUUCUCAGUUACCUCUCUUCUCUUGGUUGGUCCACCAUCACGACUUUCAAGCUGGAAAUACACAUGGAGCAGAAUGGCAUCGCGACCGAGGAUAUGUUGAGUUCCUUCACGGAUUCGAUUCAUUGCCAAACCUCGCCAAUCUUUUUCUGACAUGUGAGAGUUCCUACAACGGCCCUGCAAUUCGGAUUGCAUGCAACUCGCUCAAGAAUCUGCGCGUGGCUGGGUUUUUGUUUACCAGUACUCCCGUCGAGCUAUCCCUCGAUUGCCCAAGCCUCGAAUGCUACGAGUGCGAUGGGUACUUUUCCCUUCAACGUGGUGGCGCCCUCUGCACGAAGCAAAAAGUGAUCAAGGCCGACAAUGUGCCAGAAGACUGCCGGACAUUGAUUCACAUCCUCACUGGUCCCGACCAAUCCUAUCCUGGAAUGAUUGGCCGCUUCCAUCAGGUGUUUCCCCUACCACAUGUCCUCAACCAGGAUGAGCAGGACUGAAGGGCCAGAAGACUGCGUGCGUGGCGGAGAUUCACAUCCUCACUUGUCCCAACCACUCUAGACUAGCACUCUUGAUCGGCCCGUUCCAUAACUUGUCUCGCCUACCUCAUGUCCCCGACCAGGACGCCCACCGAGGGGCAUGGUGAAACAAACGAUAGAAGAUUUCCAAAGAAAUAAAAAAGUAGUUUACGAAUACUACGCCUGUGCCAAUUAACACUGCUACCGGUACCGGUACCGGUAGCUAGCCAAUGUAGAUUCGAUUCUUGCCAACGUCUGCCGUCACUGUCCC